AUGGCCGCAAAUCUUGUUCCUAAAGCAAAUAUUGUUUCACCUAUUUGGGCACAUUUUGGCUUUGAGCCAGAUGAAAAGGGUCAGCCGGUGAAUUUGGACGAGGCAAUAUGCCGUAUUUGUGGCAGAAAAGUGUCGGUCUCGCGCGGAAAUACUACUAAUCUAAGAUCGCAUCUUAGAAUAAACCAUCCUGUGGCGUUUGCCGGCCUUGGAAGCAGCACAUCUACCGGUAACGGUAAACCUACCUCAGGUCAGCAGCGACAGUUGGGAGUCUCUGAGGCGUUUGCAAGAGGAGAGAAGUACCAACGUGACAGCAAUCAGUGGCGAGCACGUACUGACAGCGUGACUCGCUAUUUGGUGGAAGAAAUGGUGCCAUUCCGUACCGUUGAAAAGCCAGCGUUUAAAGCCAUGUUACACGCGUUUGAUAAACAGUAUGUACUUCCCGACCGAAAGUACUUUUCACAGACAGCGAUACCUGCAAAGUAUCUGUCAGUGAAAGAGAGCAUAACACGGGACUUGAAGGAUGUGGAUUAUUUCUCAGUGACAACUGAUAUGUGGUCAAGCCUAAAUAUGAUGCCAUACAUGAGCCUGACCAUACACUAUCUCACCGCAAACUGGGAACUUAAAUCAAAGUGCCUGGAGACUGUGUUCACUCCAGAAAGCCACACGGGUGACAACCUUGCAGACGCCCUCCGUUCCUCGUUCCAAGAGUGGUCCCUUGACGAGAAGAAACUCGUCUGUAUUACCACAGACAAUGGGGCAAAUAUUGUGGCGGCGGUGCGAAAACUUGGCUGGAAAUGGUUAGGAUGCUUUGGCCAUAAUCUGCAUUUAGCCGUUACCAAUGCAAUGAAGGCAGAAAGAGACCGCACUGCCCGAGCCAUGGGGGUAUGCAGAACAUUAGUGACGACUUUCUCGCAGAGCUGGCAAAAAAAGAGAAAGCUGCAGAAAGAACAAGCCGAGCUCAACAUGCCCCAACAUUGCCUAGUUUUGGAUUGUCCUACCAGGUGGGGGACUAAGCAGAAAAUGGUUGAGCGCGUUCUCGAGCAAGUCCCAGCCAUUAGAAGAGUUUUAGAUGACCGGCGCAGCCAACAUUUGAUCCCGACGUGGCAGGACGUCGAAGUCCUAGAAUCCAUUAAUGCAGCACUGAAGAAGCUGGCGGAUUUUACAGAUGCGUUGUCUUCCGAGAAAACAGUUACAGCGUCAUCUGUUAAACCAGUUCUUCAGUUAUUAACGGAGGAUAUUUUGCUCCCAGCCGAAGAAGACACAGAGUUGACGCGCAACCUUAAAAGAAAAAUGGUUGAAGUGUUAAACAACAAAUAUAGUGCACCUGCAACACAGCAACUGUUGGCAAUGGCCUCAUUAGUUGACCCGAGAUACAGGGACAUCAACCCCGGAGAUGAAGUAAAAGAUGCGCUCCUGGAUGAGAUGCUGGCAGUGCCCGAAGACCGGAACGGCGGGGAUGAAGAAGGUGGCACGGGUGGAGAGGGAGAAGGGGAAAGUGCACCAUCUCCUCCUCCUCCAAAAAAAAUGAAUCUUGCGUACCUGCUUGGAAAGAGAAAAGCGCAGUCCUCCAAUCCAGUCCCAAAAAGAAUCCGUGCAGAUACAGAAGUCGCAAGGUAUUUGCAGGAGGAAGCCCUCGAUCUGCAGUCUGAUCCGCUCUCCUGGUGGCGGGAUAAUCAGGCUCGAUUCCCGCUUUUGUCUAAAGUGGCCAGAAAGUUUCCCUGUGUUUUGUCCGACCCCGCUCACAAGAUGACUUCCGCCGUGUCUGAGCCGGUGCACAAGUCACCAGGUUAUCCGGUUCAUCCCGUGAAAGCCCGGGUCGGCUGCUUAAUCUCCAGUGUGUUGGAUUACCCGCUGAUCACUGUCCGAGCGACCAGAAUCCCUGGACCGCUCGUUCUCUCGAGUGAAUCUUCGCCGAGUGAAUCCCCGAGUGAAUCCCCGAGUGAAUCCCCGAGUGAGUCCUCGAGUUUGUCUUCGAGUGCGUCCUCGAGUGAAUCCCCGAGUGAAUCCCCGAGUGAGUCUUUCCCGAGUGAAUCUUUCCCAAGUGAAUCUCCGAGUGAAUCUUUCCUGAGUGAAUCUUCCCUGUGUAAAUCUCUGAGUGAGCUUUCCCUGUGUAAAUCUCUGAGUGAAUCUUCCCUGAGUCAAUCUCCAAGUGAAUCGUCCCCGAGCAGAUCCCCAAGUGAAUCAUCGGCCAGCAGUGUGUGGCUCACCAGUUCAACGGCAGAUCAACCAGACUCAUGA